AAGGUCUCAAACCUGGAAUGAAUGUUGGCCAACGUGUGUUUCACUGGGACAUUCAUAAUUGAUGCACACUUACUUCGCCGAGCCACACCGUUGUAUGUUUAAUGCCAGUGUUCCGGAUAUGAACCGAUACUUUAAUAGUAAUUUUACAUAACACGAAAAUCAAAAGAAGAAAAGAAAGAAGAAAAAGUGUUGGUUUUUGUUUCUCUCGCGAGAUCUGACAACACUGCGCGAUAACUAAACAAAGACGAGGAAAAACAAGAUGGCGUUUGACGGAAAGACUGGGUUCUUAAUCAGUGCGUACAUGCACACACAUAUGUCGUGUAAUAGGUUAAAUAUCUAAAUAGUAAAUAUUAAUGGUUUGUAUUCAGAUACAUUAGUCUGAGCGUACUUUGUCGAUUUUCCUGCUAGCUUAGCUUGCUAGUUAGCUUAGCUUGUUAGCUGCUAACAAAGAGACGUGGAAGUUAUCAACACAUCGCUAAGCAGAGAUCAAGUGUGAGUGUAAAGUGUUGUGAUUGUGUGAAAAUGUGCGAAAGAACGGCAGCAGAGUACGAGGAGAAACUUUGUCCAACAAAAGAGGAGAAGAAGCGACAACAUCAACUAUGGACGCUGUUUUCAAGAAACAUCAAGUUGUGUUACACAGAACAGACAUCCAGCAGUCCCCCCACAUUGAAGAGGAAUAUUUGCAUCCCCCUUGUGUAAAAGAGGAGGAGGCAGAGCCAUCCCACAUUAAAGAGGAAGAGGAGGAAGUGUGCAUCAGUCAGGAGAGAGGGUAUCUUCUCGGGCAGGAGGAGGCUGAUCUCACCAAGUUUCCACUGACUGUUGUCUCUGUGAAGACUGAAGACCACGAAGACAAACCACCUGAGUCCUCACAUCUUCAUCACACUCAAAACGUCCACCAGCUGAUUGGAUGUCAAGAAGAUAGUGUGCCUCAACCGCAGGGGGGGAGCUUCACUUUGGAGCAGAAGGCUCCACAACACCUCGAGGAGCCACAGUCGCCUCAAAUUAAAAAGGAAGAGAAGAAGUCACUGCUCCCUCGUGAUAAAGAGGAUGAGGAGUCACAGCCCGUAUGUGUUAAAGAGGAAGAGGAGGAGCCACAUGCCCCUAACUUUAAAGAGAAAGACGAAGAACCCCAACCCCCUCAUUAUAAAGAGGAAGAGGAGGAAGUGUGGAUUAGUCAGAAGGAAGAGUGUAUUCUAGGGCAAGAGGAGGCUGAUCUCACCAAGUUUCCACUGACUGUUGUCUCUGUGAAGACUGAAGACCAUGAAGACAAACCACCUGAGUCCUCACAGCUUCAUCACAGUCCAAGUGAGGAGAAGAGAGAGAUGAAACCUUCAAGCAGCAGCUCAACUCAACACAUGACAACAGAAGCUGAUGAAGACCACUGUGGAGGAUCACAAGCAGACAAGCUCUUAGCUCCACUAUCAGAUAGUGACGACAUAACAUCAGACGUUGAUGUAAAUAUGGAAUUACACGUGAGAACACACACAGGAGAAAAACCUUUCUAUUGUUCAUUUUGUGGUAAAAUAUUUUCCUCCAAAAGUAAAAUGCAAAUACACAUAAGAACACACACAGGAGAAAAACCCUUUUGUUGUUCGGUUUGUGCAAAAAGGUUUGUUGUAAAUUCCAAUUUGACUCGACAUAUGAGAACACACAAAGGAGAAAAAUCUUUCAGUUGUUCAGUUUGCAAUAAAAUAUUUUCUGAAAAACGUAAAAUGCAAAAACACAUGAGAACACACACAGGCAAAAAACCUUUCUGUUGUUCAGUUCGUGGUAAAAGAGUUGAAGACACACAUAAUGUGCAAACCCACUAUAGUUGUUCAGUUUGGGCAAAAGGCCUUAUCAGAAACAAUGACUUGACUACGAACAUGGAAAUGGGUACAAUAGAAAAACGUUUUAGUUGUUCAGUUUGCGGUAGAAGAUUUACUCACAAAUAUAGUAUGCAGAUGCACAUGAGAAAACACACAGGAGAAAAACCUUUCAGUUGUUCAGUUUGCGGUAAACGAUUUUCUCACAAAUAUUGUUUGCAAAUACACAUGAGAAAACAUACCGGAGAAAAACCUUUCAGUUGUUCAGUUUGUGGUAGGAGAGUUUCUUACAAAUAUAGUAUGGAAAUACACAUGAGAACGCACACCGGAGAAAAAACAUUCAGUUGUUCAGUUUGUGAUAAAAAAUUCUCUACCAAAAGUAACAUGCAAUCACACAUGAGAGGACACACCGGAGAAAAACCUUUCAGUUGUUCAGUCUGCGCGAAAAGAUUCUCUGUCAAUAGUAGCAUGCAAAGACACAUGAGAAUACACACCGGAGAAAAACCUUUCAGUUGUUCAGUGUGUAAUAAAAGAUUUUCUGACAGUAGUAACAUGCAAACACACAUGGGAACACACAAAGGAAAAUAACUUUUCUUAUUUGGAAGUCCUCUUUGAAUGGACCCAAUAGUGACUACAGGUCUAUUGGAGUGCUUCUCUAAAAUCUGGAUUUAGGUUUAGAUUAGCCAGUCAGGACCCAGCCAGCCAGUUUAUGCUAUGAAUUACAUAACACUUUUAAGUUACUAGAAGUACUCAUUAAAAAUAAAUCAGUAAUAUAUUUUUCUAUUUUAUAUUCAUUGUUUUUAAUGAUGAUUCUCAGCCAGCGCUUUAAAACUUCCUCAAAGUAAAAUGUUUCUAACCAAAUAAUAUAUCAAGAACACCACCAGUGAGCUAAUGUUACCAUUAGUGGUUUUACAUAAUAUACAUAUGUAUCAAAUGUAUAUAUUUUUCACAAUUACCUAAUAAUGAUAAAUAAUGAAACACAUACACAAAAGCAAUCCAAGAGAAGCAACUUGAAAAUUGCAGUCAUGUUGUUAUUAAGAUCUAAUGCAGGGGUCACCAACGCGGUGCCCGCGGGCACCAGGUAGCCCGUAAGGACCAGAUGAGUAGCCCGCCGACCUGUUCUAAAAAUAGCUCAAAUAGCAGCACUUACCAGUGAGCUGCCUCUAUUUUUUAAAUUUUAUUUAUUUACUAGCAAGCUGGUCUCGCUUUGCCCGAAAUUUUUAUUUCUAAGAGAAACAAAACUCAAAUAGAAUUUGAAAAUCCAAGAAAAUAUUUUAAAGACUUGGUCUUCACUUGUUUAAAUAAAUUCAUUAUUUUUUUUACUUUGCUUCUUAUAACUUUCAGAAAGACAAUUUUAGAGAAAAAAAUACAACCUUAAAAAUGAUUUUAGGAUUUUUAAACACAUAUACCUUUUUACCUUUUAAAUUCCUUCCUCUUCUUUCCUGACAAUUUAAAUCAAUG